AUGGUGGCUGUAAGAAAGAACGAAUAUUCCAUUGUGGAAUUUGGUUCAGAGUCGAGGGGGCUGGAAAAAGAAUUUGAUUUUACGUGUGCGAUUUUACAGAGACCUUCGGAAGCAGUUUCGUCCGGUGCAGCAGAAGAAAUACGAACAGCAGAAGCAACAACAGAGGCGGCAGCAGGAGGAGGAGACGUAGAAGAGGCAGAAACAGCGGUCAGAGAUACAGAAGAAGCAGAAACAGCGAUCGGAGAUACAGAAGAGGCAGAAACAGCUAUUGGAGACGGAGAAGAGGCAGAAACAGCGAUCAGAGAUACAGAAGAGGCAGAAACAGCGAUCAGAGAUACAGAAGAGGCAGGAACAGCGAUCAGAGAUACAGAAGAGGCAGAAACAGCGAUCAGAGAUACAGAAGAAGCAGAAACAGCGAUCGGAGAUACAGAAGAGGCAGAAACAGCUAUUGGAGACGGAGAAGAGGCAGAAACAGCGAUCAGAGACGCAGAAGAGGCAUCAGGAUCGGCGGUAUGGGAAGCAUUAUCAGCAGCAGCAGUAGAAGGAGGUGAAGCAGCAGGCUCGGAAGCUAAAGCAGCUGGAGAAGCAGCAGCAAAAGAGGGUUUUUGA